UCAAUCGAAACGUAAAUACCUAAAGAAACAAAAAUGGCGUAAUGUGUUGAAUGUCAAUAGUUGAAAAUGUUUAAAAAGUAAAUAAAAAUGUUUUCGUUGUCCAAUUGUUUGUUAUCGUGUAUUAUUCCACUACUGUUUAGUACAAAAACAUGUUCGGGCGACCUGCCCGGUCCGUGGCUGGCGCUGUACGCGCCGGGCGAGCCGGAGUACACGGACGUGGUGGUGCGGCGCGUGCGCGACAACCUCACGCUGGUGUGCGAGCUGCGCGGCGACGCCGCAGCCACGCCGCGCAUAUACGUCUGGAACUACAUGAACGAUAACUCCACUAGUGGCGACCUGAUCCUGAAGGGCGAGCCGAAGGGCCCGGCGCUGAACAGCACGCUGACGCGGCUGGAGCUGCAGGAGUCGGACAGCGGCCAGUACAUGUGCUCCGCGCCGCCCUUCAGCGUCACCAAGUACAUACUUGUGCAGACCCGGGGUCCGCAGUACUGCCGUCGCGGCGCGUUCUGGUGCGGGUCGCGCUGCAUCGCGGCGCAGUACGUGUGCGACGGGCGCCGCGACUGCGAGCGCAACGAGGACGAGGCACCGCACAUCUGUCCCCCGCUCGGGUGCGCGCGUAGCGACAAGUUGAACUGCUCGUCGGGUCGCUGUAUCUCGGAGUCGGCGUGCUGCCGGUCCGCCAGCGCGCUGUGUCCGCAGCCGUCCUGCUGCGACGAGCAUCCGCGGUACUCCCGACUCGAAGGGUACGUGGACGUGGAGUAUCCGCCCCUGUUCGAGGACCGGCACGCGGGCGACGACUACGGCUUCAUACAGUCCACCAUCUACACCGUCACCGCAUGCGCCCUAAUCUUCAUGAUAGCAGUAGUCCUGCUGGUGUCCGCGCUGUGCAAGAUGCACAUGAAGCGCAACGCGCUGCGCAGCUAUGCACACGCAGACAGAGCCACCAGGCAUCAUUAUAACAUGCAGUAUGCACAGACGCACCGCUUCCCCCCCUGCUACGAAGCGUCCCGCCUGCUGGAGCAGGACGCGAGGGAUGACUCCGCGCCACACGACGUCAGGCCCACACAGUGUGGCACGGAGUGUCCCCCGGUGGAGCCGGUGGCGGAGCCCGACGCCGGCCCCGAGCGGGGGAGCUUCGGCCUCGCGCGACUCUCCGCUAUAUUCUCCUCCAGAUACAGACAGGUACCAACACAAAGCGACGUAGAACUAACGAACGUACGCUCAACGUCACUAAACAACUCCCCAACCAGGAAUCGAACCCUGGACAACUAUCGGAGCCCGACAUUCUGCGAUCUAAACGCAUCAGAGUUCUAUUUCACGAACCCGGAAACUGGCGACAUCGCGCGAGAUUUAAACUACAUGGCGCGACCAGUUGACUACAUGCGACGAAACUCGAAUAGCACUUUGGAACGGGUUAUAGACCAACUGGACCGGCAACGCUUGACUCUGCAACUAGGUAGGUUCCAACUGACCAUUCCCAGGUUCGGACGCCGGGCCGAGACCGACAGGCGGCCAGACACGCCCAAUGUAGCUGAGAUCAACAUAGAUGAUCUAGACUUUGUCCGGAUGACAUCACAUGAUACUUAUACCCUAAAUGGUAGGACUAUAAGGCUUUUGGGGGCCAAUUUUGAAAACUACCCCGUAUUACCGGAUGGGACAAGACCUCCCCCCUACAAUGAGGCUAUGAGGUGCAAAUUCUUCGGCCCUCCUCCCGAGUAUUUGAGCCGGGAGGGCCUCAACUCAAGAGUGGAUGAAGAAGCAAGAACCAAUGUUGAAAUGCCUCCCUGUUAUGAUGAUUUGGGCGAUGGAGCUAGUUCCUCAAACAAUAACGGGGAAUCGAACCUCAACACGGUGAGGGACAGAGCCAUAGCGGCCCCGUCGACAACGGAAAAUAACGAUAACGUUAAUAAUAACGCUAGCACGUCGCAAGCAACGGUUGUUGAAACCGUUGACGCGAAUAUGAACGUUGCUAGUAUAAGCUCUAUCAUAAAUAACUUGCCCGCUAUAGAUAGUGAUGUGAACGCUAACGAUACAACCGUUAACUGUUAAUAACUGGUAACUGGUUUUGUGAAAACCGUUAUUGCGGAUAACGGUUUUUGUGAAAACGUUAUAACUGAUAACGGUUUUUGUGAAAACG